AUGGAAGUAACCAGAGACCAUCUCGGUCUUACUCUUCCCCUGUUCCUCUUCCUGCUCCUCUCUCCGGGAGCCUUGGUAACCGGUGUAUCCGAUCUGCUCAACGAGGGCAGCAACAUCACCGACGGCAACACGCUGGUCUCAGCCGGAGGGUCGUUCAUCCUGGGCUUCUUCUCUCCCGGGGUGUCCACCAACAGAUACCUCGGGAUAUGGUUCUCCGUGUCCAACACCACCGUCUGCUGGGUGGCGAACCGUGAAAGGCCCCUGAACAGCACGGCGGGGGUUCUGGUGUUCAGCGACACCGGAAACCUUCUCCUGCUCGAUGGCUCAGGCCAGACCGUAUGGACAUCCAACUCCACCACGACGGCAGCUCCUAGGGUUGCGCAGCUUCUUGAAUCUGGCAACCGGGUCAUCCGUGAACAAGCCGGCCACACCACCGUGUGGCAAUCGUUCGAUUAUCUGUCUGACACGCUGCUUCCUGGUAUGAAGAUGGGCAAGAACCGAUGGACAGGGUCCGAGUGGUACCUCUCGUCGUGGCGCUCAGCCGACGACCCGUCUCCGGCCUAUCGGUUCGUCACGGAGGUGAACGGGCUACCGGACAACACCCUGUGGGACGGGAGCACCAAAGUCUACCGCACAGGGCCCUGGAACGGACUACGGUUCAGCGGCACCACGGAGGCCGCGAGCUACACCAACAUGUUCAAGUUCGUCGUCAACAUCAACGACGGGGAGGUAACCUUCGGGUACACGGCGACACCCGGCACGCCCCCUUCCCGCAUCGUGGCGACGUCCACCGGCUUUGUCAAGCGGCUGGUAUGGGAGGCGAGCACGCAACGAUGGGAGACCUUCUUGAAGGGGCCGAGGGACGUAUGCGACGACUACGCCAUGUGCGGGCCGUUCGGCCUCUGCAACGCCAACGCUCCUUCCACGUCCUUCUGCAGCUGUCCCAGGGGCUUCACCCCCGCGUCCCCCGCUGAGUGGGACCUGAGGGAGAACGCAGAUGGAUGCCAGCGAAGUGCGGCGCUAGACUGCGCCCAAGGGAACGGGAGCGCCAGCACCAGCAGCACGGACGGGUUCAUGGUGCUCCAGGGCGUGAAGCUCCCCGACACGUUCAACGCGUCGGUGGAUGCGAGCGCGACGAUGGAGGAGUGCAGGGCCAGGUGCUUCGACAACUGCUCCUGCGUGGCAUAUGCCCCCGCUGAUAUCCGGGUAGGCGCAGUCGCUGGGUGCAUCAUCUGGACAGGAUACAUCACCGACCUACGCUACGUGGAUGGAGGGCAGGAUCUGUACAUGAGGCUGCCAAAGUCUGAACUAGGUGAUGCACCACAUCAUUCGUUUCCAUAUGCGAUGGCUAUUGGUGGAGCUCUAGCCUUCCUUGUCCAACGCGUGGAAAAUUGUCUAGUUUUGUACUACAUCUCACAUGGUCAGAGUCUUUCAGAUGCUAACACCCCCGCUGGUAGUCGUCGAGAUCCUGCUUCGACUAUCGGGUCGGUCCCUGAAGCUGAUCCGCCGACUAUCAUGGAAGCCACGGAAGAAUUUUCCGAAGCCGGCAUAUGUGUCCCUCCAGUUGAUCUGCCUUCUAUAAAGGCGGCCACAAACGAUUUUUCUGAUAGCAAUAUCAUCGGCAAAGGCGGAUUUGGCGUUGUUUACACGGCACUACUAAAUGGUGUUAUCGUCGCUGUAAAGAGACUCAAACCAUCUGGCCUUACCGAAAAAGGCAAGAAGGACUUCACAAGAGAAGUGGAAGUGAUGUCAACGGUCACACAUAAUAAUCUGGUGAAACUAGUUUCCUAUUGCCAGGAAGAGGACGAGUGGAUACUAGUCUACGAGUACAUGCCCAACAAAAGUUUGAGCCCCUACAUAUUUGGAGAAAACUCAUCACCCGGUCCAUCAUUGACUUGGGUUCAAAGGCUAGAGAUAAUCCAUGGUGUUGCGGUAGGUGUUGAGUACCUUCACAACAAGGAAGUCAUCCACAGAGAUCUUAAGUUGUCGAACAUACUCUUGGAUCACGAGUUAAAGCCUAAGAUAGCGGACUUCGGCACCGCAAAGCUAUUUAUUGAUGAUCAGACGAACCCAACAGUAGUACAGACACCGGGGUACAUUGCUCCAGAGUAUGCAAGGGAAGCCUACCUGACGCUCAAGUGUGACGUAUACAGUUUUGGAGUGGUCUUGCUAGAGAUAGUCUCUGGCAAAAAGAACGUAAAAAAAAUGUCUUAUGUGCGUUUGUUGCAGGCGUGGGGGUUCUGGAACAAAGGGAAAAUCAAGGCCCUUCUUGAUUCGCAAGUGGCUGAACCUAACCAACAGCUCUCAUUGGAACUAUCCAGGGUUAUCCAGAUCGGGCUUCUCUGCGUGCAACCAAUGCCCGAUGACAGGCCUAGCAUGCCAGAGGUGGUCGUAAUGCUAACGGACAGCAGUUCAGGGCUGGCUAAGCCCAAGAAGCACGUGGUCGGCCCUGGUCAAGCAACCGGAUACCCACAGGCAUCGAACUGUUCUCUUGCACAUUGUCUCUGUUUAGAACAGAGAUGA